AUGUGGCGAACGCUCGUUCUUAUUGGAUGUGUUUUCGAAUGUGCUGCGCUGAUUGCAGCGAUGAGUGUAGAUAAUGAUCAAGUUCCCAAGGCUCGAUAUGCUUCCGCGAUCGAAAUCAGUGAUGUUUUAAAUCAUCUCGAUGCUUUACAGAGUAUUGCAACAGAUACGAAUGGAAAUCGAGCUGUAAACACCACGGGUUUCAAUCGUACUUUGGAUUACAUCACUGGUUACCUUGCAGAGAACACAAAUUUCAUCGUGACAAAGCAAUUCUUUUCGCGAGGCAAUUUUAAACUUCUUCGCAAUCCAACACUAGUCUCAGUCACGAAUGGAGUUGUCAAAACACAUACUUAUUCAACAAAUCUGGCCGUUGCAGACUUCUAUCAUGUACAAUACUCGACAUCGGUUUCUCUGUCGAACAACAUUCCACUUGUUGCGAUUCCAAAUCUAGCCUGUUCAGAAGCUGAUUGGAAUGCAGCACAGCCAUCCGUCGCCAAUCGGGUAGCUAUUGUUAAACGAGGCGAUUGUACGUUUGAGGAGAAAGCUCGUCUUGCUACUCAAUUCAAAGUCGCAGCACUGUUGAUCUACAACGAUGGACGAGCUUCUGGUGGUACUCAACCUAUCUCGAUCAAUCUCGGUGCAAGUAAUCGUGUACCAGCACUCUUCUUAUCGUACAAUCUUGGUGAAACACUCGUCGCUGCAGUCAAUGAUCCAUCACGAACUGUCAACGUGGGUUUAACAAUCGCUACUGCUCCGCUAGAUUCAGUUGGAAAUAUCUGUGCUGACACACGCACCGGUGACCCAACACAAACCAUUUUAAUCGGUAGUCACAGCGAUAGUGUCACUGCAGGACCAGGUAUCAAUGACAAUGGCAGUGGUAGUGCUGGCAAUCUUGCUCUGGCUGCUGCUCUGUCUCGUCUGAUGCAAACAGAAGAAUUAGGACUUCUCGGUUCUAGUUUUCACGUAUCGGAAGCAAAAAAAUCUACUGUUGUCGGUGAACGCAUUACGGAUUAUCUCGUCAACAUCAAUUUAGAUAUGAUCGGGUCACCAAACUUUAUUUUCGGUAUUUACGAUGGCAAAACAGCUCCGACAUCCACCCCAGCAGCUGCUAAACCUGGAAGUAACAAAAUGAGUACAUUAUUUCAAGAUUGGUUCACCAAGAAUAGUUUACCGUGGGACAAUACAAAGUUCGAUGGUCGUAGUGAUUACGGUCCAUUUUUAGCUGCUGGUGUCGCCGCAGGUGGUCUUUUCUCGGGCGCAGAUGGAGCGAAGACAGUUGAACAACGUAAUCGAUACGAGUCUAUGCUUGGUCCAGGCCUCGGUGGAACUUCGGGUAUUCGACUUGACGUAUGUUACCACAAAGCUUGUGAUAAAACGACGAAUAUCAAUAAAUUUGCUCUGGAGAAAAUGGUUCAAGCAAGUGCUUAUGCUAUUGAAAAUCUCGGUCAACAAUCUGAUUUGAAAGCAUGGUUAUAUCCAACGAGAGAAAUACAACAGCUUGAAAAACAAUCAUUACCAUUGAAAUACGAAUACAAUCCCAUCAAUGAAUACUUUGGAAUGCCUUACAAUUGA